ACCGCGGCGGCGUCUUCUCCUUUCUCUUCCGGCUUGCGAGCACGACUUCUGAGCCUUUGGCUUCGAAGAAUCCAGCAUGGCCAAGUCAAAGAACCACACCAACCACAACCAGUCGCGCAAGUGGCACCGUAAUGGCAUCAAGAAACCGAAGACAAACCGUUUCGAGUCAUUCAAGGGGGUGGACCCCAAAUUCAUGCGCAACCUGCGCUUCGCAAAGAAACACAACAUCAAGGGCAGGAAAAAGAUGCUGAUUAACAACCAGAAGCACGCAGCAGCAAAGGUGGCAGCGGCCGCCCCAGCUCCCGCACCCACCAAGAAGUGAACGGGGACGUGCACAUUGUGGGACGGGUAGGCAGGUGCGGCGUGGAUGCUGCGUUGCUCUUGCCUGCCUUCUUGCAAUUAAACAUGGACUCGAUUGCACCGCGCUGUCGUGGAUUCCAACGCAAGGGAUGGGUUUGUGUCUUGGAUGGUGUGCGUCAAUAAACAUCUUCAUACGUUGUACACUC